AUGUCAGAUACGUUGAUACAGGAGUACUAUUUGGCCUGCCAGAAUGGUGAUUUGGAGGCACUUACGAGGUUGAUAACGACAAAUCAGAUAGAUGUUACUAAUGAUAGUGAUCCUAAGACUGGGAUGACAGGUUUACAUUGGGCAGCAAUGAACAAUAGACUCCUGGUAUGCGAUCUUUUACUAAAAAAUGGUGCUGUAAUAGAUGCAAAAACUCUUAAACAAUAUAGUUUAUCUGAAAUGACGCCUUUACACAUUGCUACAAAAUACAGUUACCUGUACAUGGUUCAUUAUUUGUUAAAACAAAAUGCAGAUCCUAUUGCAUUGACCUAUACAGGUGCUAAUUUAUUACACUUAGCUGUAGAAAGUUCGAACGCACUCAAUGUGAUACACACUAUUCUAUUCGUUAAUGAACCAUAUAAUGUUCCAGUAGAUCAACAGGAUACUUUUGGGACCACUGCUUUACAAAUGGCUAUUAAACAGGAAGAUAUUACUUCGGUGAAGAUUUUGUUACAGUAUGGCGCUAAUCUUACAGUACGCGACACUAAAGAGAGGUCUGCUUUAAAAUAUGCUGCUUCCAGGCAUAAUAAAGAUAUUAACAUAUUAUUAUCUAGACAUUUGAUGAACAAAAAUCAAAACACACCCACAAUUGAUGAAGCGCCAGACCUCGUUGCAUUCUAUAUGGCCUCCAAAUAUUCAAGGAAAAAUGUCAUGUUGGCUAAACGUAUUACAUUCAUAGUGCCAACAUUUGUGCUAUUUAUAUCCGCAAUAUUUGGUAGGUACAAUGCAAUUAUUGGAUUGAUUGUAUUUUUUAUGCUGGCUAAAAUUUCUGAUCUAAUUCUUUACAAAAUUUUGUUACCAUUGUACAGUUUUGACAAAAGCCCAAGGAAGGCUUUAACACAAUCACCUAUUGUAUCUGGUUUAUUCUUUGCCCUAUUGAAUUGUAUUACUGUCGUAUGGUUCGCAAAACUUGAGACUGUCAUGGUACAAAGUAACAUGUUUGUUGCAAUUAUAUUUCAACUAACUUUGUUGCUGACUUAUUAUAUGUUUAUGAAAUUACUAAUAUCGAAUCCAGGUAAUAUACCCAAGGAAUCUAAUUUUGAUAUUAUUAGAGAAGAAGUUACAACACUGAUCCAGCAAGGGAAAUUCAACGACUAUUAUUUCUGUCUUGAGACGUGGUUAAGGAAACCAUUAAGAAGUAAAUUCUCAGAUAUAUCGCAAUGUCAAGUAGCUAGAUAUGACCAUUAUUGUUCAUGGUUAAAUAAUGAUAUUGGCCUGUUGAACCACAAGAUAUUUAUAGUUUUCUUGUUUUUAUUAGAAACGUCAUUAUUAUCAUUCAUAUAUCUUAUGAUUGGAUAUUUCAACCAGAUAAAUUCAUUUUCUAUUAUCAAAACAUUAUCUCCUUUCGAUUUUACAUUUCCAAAGGCUCCAGAAAACCAUUCUCUUGGCGCUCUAUUUUUGUUAUUAAUAUUCGCUGUCUACGAAUCCAUAUAUGUCAUGAAUGUCAUUGUUCAACAAACAUACUCUAUUUCUAAAGGUUUAACAUGUUUCGAUAUCAAGACACUGUACGAGUUAGAGAAAAAUAGUACAGUUCUUUUCUCCAAACCUUUUAUCCAAAAUGAUUAUUACAAUAUUAAUUAUGAUGAACUUACUUUACUAAGUGGCAAGCCAAUUAUUACAGAGAGUUCUACAAAUAUCAAGUCAAUGGUGGGAAAAUCGGUCAGAAGUGUUGGAAAUGAAUAUUCAAAAUUGGUUUCAAGGAUCACUUCCAGAAGAUUAUUGGAAUCAAGACAUCCAAUUGGAGGUAAGAGAGACAAAUUGAUGAAAUUUUUUGGAUUUAAUAUGUGGACAGUUGUUCGUCAUUGUAAUGAAGAAAUAGCAGUAUAUGACGACUGUGAAUUACCAAACGAAAUAUUAGAGCCUACUAGAUAUGGGACCAUCAGGAAUAUGAAAGAUUUCUGGUUGACUGCUAAGUUAGAUAGUAAUAUUUUUAAAAGGUUACUCACCUCGAAUAAGGACUCAAUAGCUCUAUUGAAUGGUUUACCAGUUGAUUACCAUCACCUAUGGAAGCUGCCGAUUAAGGAUAAUAGCUCGUUACAGACAGAGGGAAUAGACUCGGGGUUGAGGCUCGUUUGA